CACCGGAAUUUAUGCGAGGAACCGGGGUACGGUGCUUCUUCCAUUCCAUGGUUGAGUGAGCCAGCGUCGUGUCGUGGAGGGUCAAAUUCCAAACGCAUUCCUGGUCGUCUCGUCUGUGGCGUUUCCACUGCCCCGCUUUGCCGUUGCCGCGUCGGUCAGUCAUCAUCGUCAGAAUUAAUAAAACCAGAAAAAAAAAGCAACGAAUCAGCUCGCCAUUCCCAGAGUGAGUCUGUCUGUCUGUCUGAGAGAGAGAGGAGAGGGAGGGAGAUGAGGCGCCACCACCACCACCACCACCUUGUCCUGCUCGCCUGCCUCUUGGUCCUCGCCGCGGCCGCGGCGUCGCCGGCGAAGCCGAAGCCCUCUUCUUCCUCCGCGGUCGCCCCGGCCAUCGCGGUGGACUUCGUGCGCCGCUCGUGCCGCUCGACGCGGUACCCGCGCGUGUGCGAGAGCACCCUGAUCCCCUGCGCGCCCGCCGUGGGGCGCAGCCCGCGGCGCCUGGCGCGGGCGGCGCUGGUGGUGGGCGCCGACCGCGCGCGCAACUGCUCCGCCUACAUCCGGGCCGCCGGGGGAGCCGCCGGCUCCUCCAAGACCGGCAAGGGGGCGAUGAAGGACUGCGCGGAGCUGGCGCGCGACGCGGAGGAGCGGCUGCGGCAGUCGGCGGCGGAGAUGGAGCGGAUGGGGCGGGCGGGCACCCCGCGCUUCGCGUGGUCGCUCGGCAACGUGCAGACCUGGGCCAGCGCCGCGCUCACCGACACUGACACCUGCCUCGACUCCCUCGCCCAGGCCCGCGGCAAGGUGGACGGGGACGCCGUCAAGAGGCGGGUGGUGGCCGUGGCGGAGGCCACCAGCAACGCGCUCGCGCUCGUCAAUAGGCUCGACCCGGCGCCGCACCGCCUGCGCUAGCUAAGGAGGAAAUCGCAGUCCUCGUCCUCCAUGUACAAUCUCCUUGUUGGCUGUAUGGAUCGCUCUCAGUGAUGAUGAUUAAAAACUAGAGAUCGCCCAAUUUAAUUCCGUGGUUCGUUGUUCUUGCCUGUGAGGAACUGUUUGCCAGUAUUCAGAUUUUUCUGCUUAUCAUGGUUACUGAAAUAAUCCAAGCUGUGAUUAAUCUAA